UCACUUCGACGCGCUCCGCUCCGGGACCAACUUUCCUCCUCUUCCUCGCUCCUUGUCCCGCGCGUCGCUGUGCGCUCCCCCGGCUCCUGGUGCGUGUCUCCCCGGGACGUGAAGCUCUCCGCUCGGGCUCCUGACUUCCUCCCUUGUCUUCCCUUGUCCUCCGCUGUCCCCCGUGUCCCCCGUGUCCUCCCGGAUCCGUGGCGCAGGUGCGGAUGAUGGCGCGCGGCGCCCCGCUGCUGCUGUGGCCGCUGCUGCUGCUCUGCGGGCGGCUGUGCGCGGCCCAGCGGCUCCAGAGCUCCGGGCUGAACGGCUUCAGCCUCCACCCGCCGUACUUCAACCUGGCCGAGGGCACGAAGAUCACCGCCAGCGCGACCUGCGGGGAGGACGAGGCCGGCAGGUCGCUGCGGGACCUGUACUGCAAGCUGGUGGGAGGCCCGGUGUCCGGGGACCCGAGCCAGACCAUCCAGGGCCAAUACUGUGACAUCUGCAGCCAGGGGGAGAGCGACCGGGCUCGUCCCAUCACCAACGCCAUCGACGGGACGGAGCGCUGGUGGCAGAGCCCGCCUCUGUCCCGCAGCACGGAGUUCAACGAGGUCAACGUCACCCUGAACCUGGGACAGCUCUACCACGUGGCCUACGUGCUGAUCAAGUUCGCCAACUCCCCCCGUCCGGACCUCUGGGUUCUGGAGCGCUCCGUGGACUUCGGUCAGACCUACCAGCCCUGGCAGUACUUUGCCUCCUCUAAGAGAGACUGUAUCGAACGUUUCGGACAGAGAACCAUCGAGAGAAUCAGCAAUGAUGACGACAUCGUCUGCACCACCGAGUACUCACGCAUCGUCCCGCUGGAAAACGGAGAGGUCGUGGUGUCCUUGGUGAACGGCCGUCCCGGCGCCAUGAACUUCUCCUACUCCCCGGUGCUGAGGGAGUUCACCAAGGCCACCAACAUCCGGCUGCGCUUCCUGAGAACCAACACGCUGCUGGGUCACCUGAUGGGCAAAGCUCUCCGCGACCCCACCGUGACCCGCAGGUAUUACUACAGCAUCAAGGACAUCAGCAUCGGAGGACGCUGUGUGUGUAACGGACACGCAGAGUCCUGCAACGCUCAGGACCCCAGCGACCCCUACAGGUUACUGUGCGACUGUCAACACAACACCUGUGGUGUGUCUUGUGGCCAGUGUUGCCCCGGAUACAGCCAGCUACCGUGGAAACCAGCCACGACCUACAGCGCCAACGAGUGUGAACCCUGUAACUGUCACCGUCACUCGUUCGACUGUGUCUACGACCCGGAGGUCGACCAGAGGAGAGGCAGCGUGGACGUGCAUGGACACCACCGAGGGGGCGGAGUCUGCCUCAACUGUCAGCAUCACACCACCGGAGUGAACUGUGAGCGCUGCACCCCCACCUACUACAGGUCACCUGACCACACCAUGGACUCCCCCCUGGCCUGCUCACCCUGUGACUGUCGCUCGGAGUUCACAGACGGAACCUGUGAGGAUCUGACCGGGCGCUGCUUCUGCAAACCGAACUUCAGAGGAGAGAACUGUGACGCCUGCGCCGCCGGCUUCCUGAACUUCCCCGACUGUUACCCCGCGCCCACGUAUCCCAACAACAACAACAACGGUGAAGCCAAACCAGCCGGAGAGAUCAUCAACUGUGAGUGCAGCGCCGCCGGCACCGUGGACAACUCCUGCCGGCCCGACCCCCGGACUCGAACCUGCGUCUGCAAACACGGGUUCACCGGUGACCACUGUGACACGUGCGCUCCGGGGUUCCAUGGACUCAACUGUCAGGCCUGUCAGUGUUCAGGUCACGGCUGUCUGGAGGGGUCAUGUGACUUGGUGACGGGUCACGGUGUGUGUCGGAGUGGUUUCCAGGGGAACCAGUGUGACCAGUGUGCACCAGGAUACUUCCACUACCCGCUCUGCCAACUGUGUGGCUGCAGCCCGGUCGGCUCUCUCCCUGACGGCUGUGAUGCGUCCGGUCACUGUUUGUGUAAACCAGAGUUCCAGGGACCUCGAUGUGAACAGUGCAGAUCUGGAUUCCACUCCUACCCCAACUGUCAAGAAUGCACCUGUGACCCCCGCACCUCCCUGGACGCCGGCUGCACCUCCUCCGGUCACUGUCACUGUCGACCCGAGUUCAGCGGCGCCGCCUGCCAGCAGUGUGCUCCUGGAUUCUACGGUUUCCCAACCUGCACCCCCUGUCAGUGCUCUGCAGAGGGCUCUCGUUACACCAGCUGUGACCAGGUGACGGGUCAGUGUGUGUGUCUGUCCAACGUGCACGGACUGAGGUGUGACAGCUGUGCACACGGGGCCUACGGCUUCCCCAACUGCCAGGCUGGGACGUGUCAUCCUGCCGGCUCCGUGCAGAACCUGGUGCAGCCUCCGGUCGGUCAGUGUGAGUGUCGUCACAAUGUGGAGGGUCCAGCCUGCGACCAGUGCAAACCUCUGUACUGGAGCCUGUCCUACAACACUCCUGAUGGAUGCACCAACUGUGAGUGUCACACUGCAGGGACCCUGAGUGGAGUGGCAGAGUGUGCACAGGAAACCGGUCAGUGUCACUGUAAACCCAACGCCUGCAGUGGGACCUGCUCCACCUGCAAGGACGGCUUCUACAACCUGCAGGAGAAGAGCUACCUCGGCUGCCAGGGAUGCCAGUGUGACAUCGGGGGGGCAGCAGGUCAGUCGUGUGGAGAGAGGAACGGGCGCUGUCGCUGCCGACCCAACGUGGAGGGAGCCAAGUGUAACCUACCUCGUCCUGAUCACUACUUCCCCGACCUGCACCACCUGAGGUUCGAGAUCGAGGAGGGCACCACGCUGGACGGCCGGCCGGUGCGAUUCGGAUACAACCCUCUGGAGUUCAAGGGCUUCAGCUGGAGAGGCUACGCCCAGAUGACUCCGAUCCAGUCCAAGGUGUUGGUGUCGGUGGUGGUGGGCUCUCCAGACCUCUUCCACGUGGUGCUGCGUUACGCCAGCUGGGGGGGGGCUGAUGUCCGGGGCCGGGUGUCGGUGAUGGAGGACGGAUGGAACUACCGCUGUGGUAACUGUUCUGAACAGUCCAAGCAGAUCGUCUUCGCUCCCAGUGCAGAACCCUCCUUCCUCAACGUCCCACAGAACAACUUCGUGGAACCGUUCGUCCUGAACCCGGGAACCUGGACUGUGGUGAUAGAGGCCGAGGGCAUCCUGCUGGAUUAUUUGGUCCUGCUGCCCAGUGCCUACUAUGAAGCUCCCAUCCUGCAGAUCAAGGUCACAGAGCCCUGCAGCUACAGCUCCGCCCCCGGCGCCGCCCACAAUUGUCUCCAGUACAGGUAUCUCUCCCUGGACUCCUUCCCGUCCAUCUCCGGUACCGAGGCCAGCUGCCGUAACGACAACCACCUGCCCCGCCCCUGCCCGACUGAGCGGGUGACCCCACGCCACCCGGACAUGGCGGUGUGCAGUGGCUAUGAUAUCAGCGUGGAGCUGCGCGGCCGCCUCCCGGCUCCGGGGGACCACGUCCUGCUGGUGGAGUAUUCCAGUGAAGAAGAACUUCCUCAGACUGUGACCGUGGUGGUGAACGCACCGGGGACCCGAGCCCAGCAGCACAGUGUCACCCUGCUGCACUGCAAGUUCAGCUUCCUGUGUCGAGUGGUUGCCAUCGAUGCUCAGGACCGAGUGGCCGUCUUCUCUCUUCCCACUGACGCUGAGGUCCAGCUCAUCUCUGACCGGGCCAGCUUCUUCCUGCACAAGAUCGUCCUGGUGCCUAAAGGUCAGUUCACCAUGGAGCUCGUUGACCCAAAGAUUCACUGCAUCAGCACCAACGGGCAGUUCUCACCGGACAGCUCCUCCUGCUCGCCCUCACGCUUCCAGACGCCAUCGGACUCCCUGGUGCUGAAGGAGGGACAGAGCUCCUCCGUGCAGGAGCCGGUCCUGGCCUCGCCCGCCGCCGCUCCUCCUCCUCUGCCGCUCUACCAGAGCGACGGGCCGGCCUGGACCGGAGGAGACAGACCUCCUCACGGAGUGGACAACAGCGACCACGUCCGACUGGACUCUCUGCAGAAUGCCGCGGUGUUCUCGACUCGUGUCCACGCGCUGGGACGUUACGUCUUCAUCCUCCACUACCACCAGCCGCUCCACCCGACCUAUCCUGUGCAGGUCCACAUCAAUGGGGGACGGAUCUGGACAGGCCAGGCCAACGCGUCCUUCUGUCCCCACGCGUACGGCUGCAGAAACGUCCUGAUCUCAGAGAACCAGAUCAUCCUGGACGUGACCGACCACGAGGUCUUCAUCACCGUGCAGAUCCCUGAAGGAAAGACCCUGUGGCUGGACUACGUGCUGGUGGUUCCUGAGACCAGCUACAGCUCCAGUUACCUGAACGAGGAGCCUCUGGACAAAUCCUACGACUUCAUCAGCAGCUGUGGUCAAAACAGUUUCCACAUCAAUCCGGCCUCCGCCUCCCGGUUCUGUCUCGGCUCGGCCGUGUCGCUGUCGGCCUUCUUCAACAACGGGGCGAUGGCGUGUGCGUGUCACGAGGUCGGAGCGGAGAGCGACACCUGCGAGGCGUUCGGCGGGCAGUGCCGCUGCAGGCCUCACGUGAUUGGCCGAGACUGCUCCAUGUGCGCCACGGGCUUCUGGGGAUUCCCCAACUGCAGACCUUGUAACUGUGGCAGCAGGUUGUGUGAACCUGUGACCGGAGACUGCAUCUGUCCUCCGAGGACGCUGCAGCCCGAGUGCACCCAGUGUGAGCCCCAGACGUUUGGCUGCCACCCGCUGGUGGGAUGUGAGGUCUGCAACUGCUCCCGGCCCGGCAUCGACUCCCCCGACGUCAGCUGUGACACGCAGAGUGGACAGUGCAGAUGUAAACUCAACGUCGUCGGGCGUCAGUGUGACCGCUGCGCUCCGGGCUUCCAUGGCUUCCCUCACUGCAGGUCAUGUGACUGCAACGAGGCGGGAGCCGAGGAGGAAGUGUGCGACGCCUUCACAGGACAGUGUCUGUGCAAGGAGAACGUCCAGGGCUCUCGCUGUGAUCAGUGCCGAGUUGGUACGUUCCACUUGGACCCAACCAACCCCAAAGGCUGCACCAGCUGCUUCUGCUUCGGAGCCACCGACCGCUGCCGCAGCUCGGACAGGAGGCGCACGGAGAUCAUGGACAUGACGGGCUGGGUGCUGCUGGGGGCCGACCGGCAGGAGGUGGUGGUGGUGGUGUAUCCUGACCAGGACCUGGUGGAGGCCGACCUCAGUGACGUCCCUGACGUCUACCAGGACCUGUACUGGCACGCACCCAGGACCUACCUGGGAGACAAGGUGUCGUCCUACGGAGGUCUCCUCAGUUAUCGUCUCCACACUCAGACCAUGAGAGGGGACGUGUUGUCUCUGCCUGCAGAGUCCUCCAGACCUGACAUCAUCCUCAAGGGGAACCAGAUGAGCCUGGUGUUCAUGGAGAGAGAGUACCCUUCACCUGAGGAGCCUCACCUGGGAAUCGUCCACAUGGUCGAGGGAAGUUUCCGUCACGCUCAGACUGGGAACUCGGUGUCCCGUGAGGAGCUGAUGAUGGUACUGGUGGCACUGGAGUCUCUGCAGAUCCGAGCCCUCCACUCCCAGUCGGCCCACUCCGUGUCGCUCCGCCGGGCCGAGCUGGAAGGAGCCGAGCAGCUGCCGAGCGGGAGCCACGCCAACACCGUGGAGAUCUGCAUGUGUCCGGCCAACUACCGAGGAGACUCGUGUCAGAAAUGUGCUCCUGGUUUCUACAGAGACACCAUCGGCCUGUUCCUGGGGAAGUGUGUCCCCUGUGCCUGUCACGGACACUCGGACCGGUGUGAGGACGCCUCGGGACGCUGUGUGGACUGUCAACACAACACGGCCGGCGACCACUGUGAGACGUGUCAGGGGGGGUUCCUGGGCAACAACAGCCUGGACGGACAGGCGGUGUCCUGCUCCAGCUGUCCCUGUCCCCUGAGGGUCUCCCUGAGGGUCUCGUCCAACAAUUUUGCAGAGGGCUGUGUGCAGAGGAGCGACAGGAUGCAGUGUCUGUGUAUGCCCGGUUACGCUGGACCAAAUUGUGAAAGGUGCGCCCCCGGUUUCUACGGCAACCCCAUGGUGCUGGGCAGCCGGUGCCAGCCCUGUCGUUGCCACGGCAACACGGACCCCAACAUGCUGUUCACCGACUGUCACCCGCUGACGGGCGAGUGCCUGAGCUGCAUGCACCACAGCGGGGGGGCGCUCUGCGACGUCUGCGCCCCCGGGUUCUACGGAGACGCCGUCUCCGCCAAGAACUGCACCGAAUGCAGCUGUUCCCCGUGCGGCACCGACUCCUGUGACCCUCACACGGGCGAGUGCCGCUGUAAAGCCGGAGUCACCGGGCCGCGCUGCGACCGCUGCCAGGUCGGCUCCUUCGGCUUCGACUCGUGCUCCGGGUGUCUCCAGUGCGACUGCGCGGCGGCGGCGGCGCUGGUGACGGCGUGCGACCCGCUGAGCGGCCGGUGCGCCUGUCAGCCGGGGGUCAACGGGCCGCAGUGCCGACAGUGCGCUCCCGGCUUCUGGAGCUACGGAGCUGACGGAUGCAAGAAGUGCGAGUGUCGGGGGGGUCGCUGCGACCCGCGCACCGGGGAGUGCCGCUGCCCGGACGGGAUGACGGGGAAGCAGUGUGACGUCUGCUCGCACAAACACAACGUCCUCGUGGAGGACACGCACGGGACGCACUGUGAAACGUGUGACGGCUGCGUCCUCGUGCUGCUGGAGGAUCUGGACAAGAUGAGCAACAACUUCAGCUCCGUCAGCGCUCAGCUGAAGAACCUGAACGCCAGCUCCAUCGCCUGGGCCCAGCUGAACGCCCUGAACCAGUCUGUGGACGGCAUCGCUGCUGCGAUAGAGAACUACAACAGUUCUCUGGACGAGAGCCGGAGUCGAGCCGACAUGUUGGAGGCUGAGAUCAUGAACAUCAAUGAUGACAUUAAUGAGCUGCAGGACAAGGCGUCAGUGACGGGCGAGCGAGUGGACAGUUUGCAGAACAGUACCACCGACACACACCAGAGGGCGCAGGAUCUCCUCCUGUUCAUCCACAACCUCACUAUGGAUAUAAACGACGUCUUACUGAUGUCCAACCGCUCGUGGACCAACGAGACGGAGGCCGAGCAGGACGUGGAGCAGCUGGAGAGGAAGAUGAGGGAGGUGCAGGCCAUGCUGAGGGAGAUGAGGAGCAGGAGCUGUGUGGGACAGAAGAAAGUGGCCGACCGAGAGAGGACGGAGGCCGAGAAGCUGUUGCAGCGUGUUCACAAGGAGUUGGCCGAUCGUCAGGGACAAAACAACAACCUGACCCAGUCCGUCAGAGACGGUCUGUCCCACUUCCUGUCUGAGAUGAUGGACCUGCGAGACGCCCUGAACGAAGCCGUCAACAACACGGCGAGAGCCACAGAGGUCAACAACGCCAACGAGAAGACGCUGGAGGACAAUCAGAGGAAGAUGGACGACCUGCUGUCCCAGCAGAAGGAGGUGACCGACCAGCUGGACAUGGCUGAAGAGGACGUGGCGCAGGUCAACGACCUCCUGUCCGAGCUGCAGGACUCCAAAGAGGAGUACGAGCGCCUGGCGGCUCAGCUGGACGGAGCCCGGACGCCGCUGCUGAAGAAGGUGCAGGAGUUUGCGUGGGUGGAGAACAGGAUCCCCCUGGUGGAGGAGGCGGAGAAGCACGCGGCGCUGCUGGACGCUUUAGCCACGAACCUGAGCAGUUUGGUUGAAGAGACGAAGAAGGACGGAACCGUGGACGUGACUCAGACCUACAACAAGAUCAUCACCAGCCUCAGGGAGGCGGAGGAGGCCGCCAAGAUGGCCGACCAGGCCGCCAACGCCACCUUGGAGAACGUGAAGAACCAGGACCUCGGGGGGAUCGCAGUCGCUCUGAGGAACCACAGCGUGGACCUGAAGGACGAAGUCGAGAAGCUCGAUGAGGAACUCAACAACGAUCUGAAGCCAAAGCUCGACGAGGCUGAGAGACGACUGAAGGACGCGAAACACAAACAGACUCAAGUGAUGAAGGAUCUGGAGACGGUUCAGAACAACCUCAACUUCACCUCGAACGUGAGUCAGCAGAUCCUCGAGGCGAAGGCGGCGGCCGACCUGGCGAACACCACGUCCAAUCAGGUCCGCGACGCCCUGCGGCCAAUCAGGGAGCAGCUGGACCAAUGGGAGCAGACGUACGGAGACGUCAACGCCACCAACGACGACAUCAACAAGGCGCUGGAGGACGCCAAUCAGACCAUGCUCGAGCUCGGGGCCACGAUUCCCAGUCUGCUGUCGAGGCUGGACGUCCUCCAGAACCAGUCCAUCCUGAUGCCCAACAUCUCAGAGAACAUCAACCGCAUCCGGGAGCUCAUCCAGGAGGCGCGCAACGCCGCCAGCAAGGUGAGCGUCCCUGUGAAGUUCAAUGGAGCUUCAGGUGUCCAGGUGAGGACUCCCUCUAACCUGGCCGACCUGGCUGCCUACACGUCUCUGAAGAUGUUCAUCACGCUGCCGGAGGGGACUCGGUCCAGAAGACAGGGGGACGGCCCCCAGCAGUUUGUCUUCUACCUCGGCAACAAGGACUCCAGUAAGGAGUUCCUGGGCAUGGCGCUGGACGGGAAGCAGCUUCGUUGGUUCUUUAACGUUGGAGGAGAAACUGCUGAGGUGACGAUGCGUGAAGACGUCAAGUCUGAUGGAUCCUUCAACACCGUCGGGCUGGAGAGGAUCCUGCAGUACGGUCAGAUGUCCAUGUCCUCUGAGGCCACGGGGGGGGACCAGAGUGUCACUAAAGCCGGCACCGAGGCCACAGGAGACCAGGGGCUCCUCAACCUGCUGACCGACGAGACCGUCUUCUACGUGGGGGGGUACCCCAGCACUUUCAAACCCCCCCCCGAGCUCGAUCUGUCCAAGUUCAAGGGCUGCAUCGAGCUGGACACGCUGAACGAGGAGGUGCUCAGUCUCUACAACUUUGAGAACAUCUUCCAGCUCAACACCACCGAGGAGAAGCCGUGUGGCAGGCCGAAGCCGGUACUGACUCAGGCGUGGGUGAAUGACGCGUCGUACUUCGACGGCACCGGAUUCGCUGAGAUCACCUUCACCGUGGAAUCUCCUCGCAUGCAGCGCUUCGAACAGGAAGUGAAGCUGCUCUCCCAGCGAGGCAUCCUGCUGCUGCUGCAGGACCAGAAUCACUUCCUGUGUCUGGCUGUGCUGAACGGCCAGCUGAAGGUUUUCUAUGAUUUCACUGAUGAACUGGUGGAACUGGAUCCCAAAGAGCCAGACUCAGAGUUCCUGCUGGUCAGCGACGCCGAGCCCAAAGCUCUGGAGGUCAUCAUCCUGCAAGGCACCUCGAACCGCAUCGUGGUGAGGAACAACCGGGUCAACCUUUACAUCCACUCGUUCACCGAGACGAUCCCCUCAUUCAGCGGCAGCUACUACCUGGGAGGAGUUCCACAAGACAAGAUCCCAGCCCAGCUGAAGACCAUGUUUCCCAAGCAGGGUUCUCUGAAGGGCUGCUUCAGGAACGUGAAGGCCUACAGCUCCCACGUGGACCUGAAGAGGAUGAAGAGCUCCGGAGUCAGUUUUGGAUGUGGAGGUGAUCUGCUGGUGGCUCGUGAAGCUCACUUCUCCGGUCAGAGCUUCUUGGAUCUGGCUCUGACCAACGUCCCGAGCCUCAGGGACAACUUCUACGUCAGCUUCAGCUUCAGGACCGACAAGAAGGAGGGGCUCAUGUUCUACCACCAAGAUAAGGACGGAGAGUGUGAAGUUCUCCUGAACGAGGGCCGGGUGGUGGUGAGAGCCGACAAGAGGGAGAUCGUGACCCUGAAGACGUACAACGAUGCCAACAGCCACUACGUCUCCAUCUACAUCAACACCACCGGGAUGCGUCUGUACAUGGACGACGUGCUGGAGAAGGGCAAGGAGGGAAUCCGUAUCAACACCAGGGGGCGCUCACCGCUCACCUCAGGGGUCAGCACCUUCCUGGGAGGAACGCCCGACCAGGCCAGCACCAACCUCACCGGGUGCAUCAGCAACGUGUUCAUCAAGAGGGACACGAGUCCUCAGGCGGUUCAGAACCUGCUGAAGGUGAACGAGAACGUGAACGUCCCUCUGGGUUGUCCCGCCGCCGCCAAGCCUCAGCAGAUCCUCGCUGCACAGCCCAAACACAACAAAGCCAAGAAGCACAAGAAGCCCUCGGGGUCUCGCAGCCGUAACACCAGGGAGUCGUGCCAGGGGGCGCCGUCGGACCAGGAGAGUGGAGCGACGCACUUCAGUGGCUCCGCCCACAACCACCAGAGAUAUGACGCUCUGCCCAGGUCGCUGAGCUCCAUGCCUCACAUCUCCAUGUCUCUGAGGAUCAACUCCUCUGAUGGCGUGGUGCUUCAGGCCGGCGGCGGGCCGAGCGGGGGGGCCGUCCUGACCCUCAGCGUGUCCGGCGGCCGCCUGCUGCUGCUGCUGGACGCAGGCAAGAGGAAGCUCAGCCUGCGCAGCCGCAGGAAGUACGACGACGACCGGUGGCACACGGUGUUCGUGAAGCGCGAGGGACAGAAGCUCGUCCUGAUCGUGGACGGGAUCGACGCUCACUCCAAGAAGCUUCCUGGAGGAGACCGGGCUCGGGUCGCCGGGCCGCUGUAUGUGGGAGGAGCUCCGCCCACACUGAUGGCUCCAGGAGGCUUCACCGGCUGUGUGAGGGACCUGAGGCUGAACGAGGCCCCUGCAGGAAGCCCCUCCUUCAGCCAGGGGGCGGUGCCCUGCUUCCAGAACCCUCUGCAGCCCGGGGCCUACUUCUCUGGAGAGGGGGGGCACGUGGCUCUAGAUGAGUCCUUGGUUCUUGGUCGGGAUCUUGAGAUCCAGUUGGAGGUUCGACCCGUCUCGGACUCUGGGCUCCUGUUGCAUGCUGGGACAUCAGCUGACCAGCACCUGAGUCUGGUCCUCAGUCAGGGAGAGGUGACGGUCUCAGUAAACAGUGGUAAAGGUGAGUUCUCGGCCUCCUUCACUCCUGAGGAGCCUCUAUGUAACGGACACUGGCACACCAUCACAGUGGUGAAGAAGAACAACGUCCUGCAGCUCCACGUGGACGCAGCCAGCGAGCUCAGUGUCGGGCCCAGACAGAGCCGCACCGCAGGGGCCGAGCAGAGCGUCUUCCUGGGAGGGAAACCUGGAGGCGCCACUGUUCCCGGUCUGCCUGCCUUCCACGGCUGCAUCCGCUCGGUGACGGUGAACCACAGAGCUGCCGUGUUGUCCAGGCCGCUCUCUGUGCACGGAGCAGUGGGAACACUGGGCUGCCCAGUCGUAUAAACCAGUCUUAUCUUCACAUUCCACAACUGCAGAUUAAUGGUGGUGGGUGUCAUGUUACUGUAGCUAAUUUAAAAUAUAUAUUAAUAUUUAUUGUAUAUUGUCAGAAAAUAUAUAUUUUAUAAUUCCGUUUGUCGUCGCAUUAGUGCUGGUUUGUUUUUGUGUUGCAGGUAGAGAUGCACUGACACGAUUUCAAAUCUAAAUUCAUAAAUCAAUGAGUGUUUCAUAUAUUCAAUUUAAUCGAUUAGUGUCAAGUUGUAAAUAAACACAACGCAGAUUGAUUCUCCUACUUUUCCCUCAUCAGUGAAGAAUUGAUUUUAGCUCUGAUAAUCUUCCUGUGGCUCCAAAACUGUGUUCCUGAGUUGAACUGUAUUGAGGCACAGGAUGUUAACAUCUGUGUGUUACAGAGAAUAUUAAGAAUGAUCCUGAGUCUGUACACUGUGACCCUCUGAAGGGGGACGCUGCCUCUGACACUGACCUGGACUCAGAUUUGAAUCAUUACCUUUUAACACACUGGUGAUAUUUGAUCUUCCAAAUCAGUUUCUGCAGAUUUCACCAAGUUAAAUUUAAGACUUUUAAAACCAUAACGAAUGAGGUUGAAGAUAAAUAACUUCUGAGACGGAUCAGAAGGAACUCCAGAGUCUGGAUCAGUUAAUAAGUGAAGGUGGAGUAGCAGAGGAGAGGAGAACCUGGAAACACCACGUUGUUUCUCAGGAUCUGAAUCAGGCUGAGUGACCUGAGAUCAGUGUGUUCAUAUCUGUAUCACUCACAAACCCUGUAGAAGAUUGUGUUCAUAUCUUUCAGUUUUUUCACAAAUCAAACGUAUUUGAAGUUUUUUCUUGCUUUGCUUUGUGAUAACGAGUUUCACUUGUUGAGUCAAAUCCACGUCCCAGUGGUCGAGCUGUCCCAUGAGCAACUCCGUCUGUCCUCUGUCCUCUGUGUAAACAUGUACCCAGUGUGUGUGACGCGUGUUGUAUAACCUUUUAAAAACAUCUCACAGAAAGAAUAAGCUGCCCCCCCCCUCACAUGUGUUGUAAAUGCAUUUCUAAAUAAAGGAUGUUUUCAUAUAAA